CCAGACAGCUUACAAUGCCUGAGACAAAACGGGGGUUUUUGUUUGAUUUUAAGGUCGUGAGAUCUGAAAAUAGAAGAAAAGCGGGCUUACACUUGAGUUGUGGGUGUUGUGCCUUUAAUGUCCACACAUGGUGUGUUUGGUCAACACUUCCUCCAGUGUAAGCCACGGGACCUGUGCUGCUGUUGGAUUGUUCUGUCUCAGUCUCUAAUCAGUCUGUUACUGUCUCCGCUCUUCACACUGUCUUUAGCCUUUAGCUGUAGCAACACGGACGCCUUCCAUCCGCAGCCGAAAAAAGGGAAAGGACCUCAUAACGGAAACCUGCUGGUCAAAUAAACAUACAGGAACCCUUCUCCUCCUGAGUUCCUUUUCUAAUGGAGCAUCGGUCAUCGAUCUUCCUGAGAAAGCACCAUGUUCCCGUGCCACGCAGCUCCCUGGCCUUCUGCUGAGCCCGCGGCCUCUUGUGGCAGUCAUGCUCCAUCAGCACAGUCCUCACAGCCCCUACCUGACCUGCUGUGCAGCUGCCCUGCUCCACCUUUAACCACCCACGCCCAAACCCCUUCUCCAGACCCGAUGGAGUCCCUCAUUGUGAUUACUGACUAUGAAUCCAGCAGAGCACCUGGGGAGGCUGGAGAAGAAGAGGUAGAAGAAAUGGACAGCUCUGAGAUUCCAGAUCCAGCGUCUGCUGCGGUAGGAUCCUUCUCAACUCCAUCCUGUGACCUGCUGUCCCACACGGUGGGCCGGCCCGAAGCUCUGCAGCCCGAGAGCCAGGAACAGAGGGGAAGAUUGAAUCUGUCAGACAGGAAGCUGUCUCUGCAGGAACGCUCACCAAGUGCGACGUCUCCCUGGAACUCUCCAGGACUUAAUGGCCGCUAUAUUUACCCAUCGUUACCGUACUCACCCAUUACCUCGCCUCACUCCUCUCCUCGUCUGCCCCGACGCCCCACUGUGGAGUCUCACAGAGUUUCAAUCACAGACCUCCAGGACUGUGUGCAGCUCAACCAGUAUAAGCUGAAAGACGAGAUUGGAAAGGGCUCAUACGGAGUUGUCAAGCUGGCUUACAAUGAGGACGACAACACAUACUAUGCGAUGAAGGUUUUGUCCAAGAAGAGGCUGAUGAGGCAGGCGGGAUUUCCGCGGAGACCUCCACCACGAGGAGCCAAAGCUGCUCCUGAGGGUCCUGCUCCGCCUAAAGGACCCCUGGAGCGAGUGUAUCAGGAGAUUGCCAUCCUGAAAAAGCUGGACCAUCCUAAUGUGGUGAAGUUGGUAGAAGUUCUGGAUGACCCCAGUGAAGACCAUCUGUACAUGGUGUUUGAGCUGGUGAAACAAGGGGCUGUGAUGGAGGUGCCAACUGACAAAGCUUUCAGUGAGGACCAGGCACGCUUUUACUUCCAGGACCUGCUCAGGGGAAUUGAAUACCUGCAUUACCAGAGGAUCAUCCACAGAGACGUCAAACCCUCCAACCUGUUGGUGGGUGAAGACGGACACAUUAAAAUAGCUGACUUUGGCGUGAGUAACCAGUUUGAAGGAACCGAUGCUCUCCUGACCAGCACGGUGGGAACGCCUGCCUUCCUUGCACCUGAAGCUCUCUCUGAAACCAGGAAGAACUUCUCUGGAAAGGCGUUGGACAUUUGGGCCAUGGGAGUGACGCUGUACUGCUUUGUCUUUGGAGUGUGUCCAUUUAUGGACGAGCGCAUCCUCAAUCUACACCAGAAAAUUAAAACACAGCCUGUGGUUUUACCUGAACAUGCUGAUAUAUCAGAUGAUCUCAAAGAUCUGCUGCUUAAAAUGUUGGACAAGAAUCCAGAGACAAGGAUAUCUGUCACACAGAUUAAGGUUCACCCCUGGGUGACCAGGCACGGAGCAGAGCCUCUGCCCCUAGAGGACGACAACUGCUGCAUGCUCAUCGAGGUGACGGAGGAGGAGGUGGAGAACUCAGUCAAACACAUCCCCAGUCUGGCAACAGUGAUCCUGGUGAGGACCAUGCUGAGGAAGCGAUCGUUCGGGAACCCCUUUGACUGGGGGCGUAAGGAGGACCGCAGCAGUGUGGGCUCCUCAGGGCCAACCCUUGUGAAAGGCAGAGCAGGCAGGGUGCGACACUGCUUCAUACACUGUAACCAAAGAAGGAAACAGGAGAGUGGAGACGGCAUGAGGAGCAUGGAGCUGCCGUAUGUGGGAGAGGACGAGGUUCUUUCCUGAUGCUCGGCUGAGGAUAAGUCAGAAAAAAAAAAAAAAAAAACACACCACAGCAUGAAGCCCCUUUACUCACAGAUUUCCACGGGUGGUUGGUCGCACCUCCUUUUCUCUCACUUUCACUCUUAGGAGAUGAAGCAGAUGCAGAGAAAACGUGAGAGUUUAGGAUGGAAUGCACUUUGGCAACAACUGUAAAGGUUUUUUCCCCCUUUCUUCUGUGUGUUGGACUUCCUCUGAAGACAGAACUGUCCACAGUAGGAUUCUACUACACUUUAAAGUCUGUCUCCAGCGCCUACUCACCUUAACUUAUCUCCUCUCCUCCUGCAUGCGUGGAUAGUCUUAGCAUGCUUUGGUCUCAGGCUUCAACUGUACAGUUUUGUGUUUUAGUGUAGUUUAGUCUUUAACUGUACAUUAACUUGAUGAUAUUUCAGGGAAACGUCAGGUGGGAGGAAGGGUUUUUGCAGAGUGGUGGAGGUCUCCUAGUGGACAGGUGUACAGACACAUUCGAAGUGAAUCAACAGGAGGGUUUUUCCUGAAUAAAAAAAAAAAA